AUGUGUACUCUUAAUUAAGGAAUUAAUUCAUUAAGUUUAAUAAAAUUUAUUUAUCCAAAGAUGGGUGAUCAUUUUAAGAAAAUUGACAUACUAAUAAGGAAAUAGCAAUUCCAAAAGAGUUUAAGUAAGCUAGAGAAAUUGUAAGUUGAAUUGAACACUAAAUUAAAUAACCCCGAAGAAUGCUCUGAAACUGAAUUAAUUCUUCAAAGCAAUAUUUAUGAAAGAUAUGCCCAAAUCUUUAUUGAUAUCAACUAAGUUUAUCGUGCUAUGCAAUAUUUGAUAAAUAUGAUCAAAAUAGAAAAAGAACUUUUCAAAACUCAAAACGAUAAAGAAAGCAUUCUUAGACUAUGUAAUUCUUAUGCUAAAAUUGGAAGAUGUUGCUUUUAUUGUUGCUACUAUGAGUAAACCUUCAAAUACCUUGAUUAUGCAUAAUAAUUGUUGAUCAAGCAUGGCUUAACUUAAACUGGAGUAUAUGCUAUGACAUUAACACAAUUGGGGAAUUAUUACAGAUUUAUGUUCCAAGAUGAUUUAGCGGAAUCGAUGUUAUAUGAGAGUAUCAAAAUUAGAGAAGACCUAUUUACAAGAUAAUCAAUAGAAGUUGCAGAUUCUUUGCAUGGAUUAUCGUAAUUAUUUUCAGAUGAAGGAAAGAUAGAAGAAGCCAUGAAAUCCAUUUCAGAAGCCAUUUCAAUAUGGACAGAAGUUCUAGGUUAUCAACAUAUAAAAACUGCCAAGUCAAUCUAUUUGAAAGGCAAUCUGUACUUAAGAAUGAAAAAUAAUCAAGAAAAUUUAUCUGCUGCUGAAAAACUUAUUACUGAAAGCUUAGAAAUUAAUCUCAAGAUUAUGGGAGAGUCAUCUUAAGAUAUUGCUGAUUGUUAUCAUUCAUUAGGAAAAAUUAAAGCUUAUAAUAAAACUUCAAAUGAAUUUGAAUAAUAUUUCAAAAAAUCUCAAGAGAUCCUAAAAACCUUGUAUGGUCAAAGUCACGCAAGUAUCGCAAUUAUUCUUAAUAAUUUUGGAAGAUCUUAUUUUGAAAGAAAAUAAUAUGAAGAAGCAGUUAAUUGUUUUGAAGAAUCUAUUAAAAUCUACACAUAGUUAUGUGGCAAUAUGCAUGGUAAUUUAGCAAUUACCCUCAAAAAUUGUGCAGAUUGCCACAAAGAACUCGGUCGAUACAAAUAAGCUUAUAUUGACUAUCAAAGAUCAUUAGAAAUUUAUUAGAAAAUGUAAAUAAACUCUUCAUAGGCAAAUUAAAUAUAAAAUUUAAUGUCCUAAAUCUCAGAUAAGUACUUAGAGGAUUGA